AGGUGAGCCAGAGCAUAUUACUUCCUGACACAUCGUGUUAGCCAGUGCACACGCUGAUACUAAGUCCUUCUUGGUAACCUCUGAAUUGCCUCAGUCAGAUGCUUUUGAUGCCUACGUGCUAUUAGGAAGCACCUUCAAAUUUGCCACGAUGUAGGCAACUCUGGCUUCAGGCAUACACUGCACUGUUGUUGCUGGUGUCUUUAUUGUCACGUUUCACAGAGUCCUGACCUCUACGAUCUGGGUUUCCUCAGUAGGUCUCAGCAGGUGCAUUACUAAGUGGGGAACAAUGAUUGGAGAUGCGGAGUGCUACUAAGCAGUCAACAACUGUGUUUCUACUGCGCCAUGACAACAUCUUGCAGCAGGGACACUGGCAGGGGAGAAACUGUGUCUAAGAUGAACGGAAAACAGUGGCUCAGACAAAAGGGAGUCAAAAUCCCACUGGAUCUCAUAUAGCAUCUCGAUGUGGGCCUCUAGCAAUUACCUGUGCCAGUUUGCUGAUGGUUUUCCCGAGGGGCCUUCUGGGGGUGGAACAGAAUCAAGGGAGGACUACCUGAAGGACUCUGACUACUUCAUGGGGGUUGCCCUCCUGACAGCACAAAGGAGCAGAGAUCCUAACACACAGGUGGGAGCCUGCAUUGUGAACAAGCAAAACAAGAUAGUGGCGACAGGCCACAACGACAUGCCCAAUCGCUGCGAUGGCCUACUGAGCUGGAAAGGGUCCCCCGAGAACAGUACUGACAAAGAUGAUCAAUGCAAGAAAUCAGGUGAUCAACGCAAGAAAUCAGAUCGUCAGUGCGAGCAAUCAGAUGAUCAAUGGUUGGAAACCAAGUACCCCUACGUGUGUCACGCUGAGCUGAACGCCAUCAUGAACAAGAGCUGCGCGGACUUGAAAGGCUGCACUAUGCACGUGACCCUGUUCCCCUGCAACGAUUGUACCAGGCUCAUCGUCCAGGCAGGUAUAAGGGAAGUGAUUUAUCUGUCAAAGGGUGAUGGCAGAAAGGAAGCUAUUGCCUCUGAACGCCUACUCGACAAGGCGGAGAUCAAGCACAGGCAGUUUGAGGGUGCGAGAAAUCCGAUCACCCUCAAUUUUUCAUGAAAUGAACGCUGGCAGCCGUCACCUGCGCACCUUGAUCCUGCUGGAGCUCUAAUUGCCUUCUUCACUCCUGGAUCAAAUUAAUCACUGCAUAUUCACCGUUUGAUUGCUUCUCUUUAGCCUAGCAAACCACUUAAUCAAAUUCAAUCAUUACAGACCAAGGGUUAAUUAGCCACUGGUUGGUUGGUGUAAUUUUACUAAAUCUGAAAAAAUAGAUUUUAUGAAUGAUUAUGUAUUUAUCCAAGCUUUUGAUUUCUUGAAUAAACUACCGCUAAACUUCAA